UUGAACUGACGUCACACAGUGUAACACGCGAGUUAGCAAGCUACAGUAUAACAUUCGAAUCGCAUUUACUGAAGAUUUAAUUAUAGUAACCUCAGCGAUUUUAAGGAAUAUUUGAACUUCUUUGAAGAGUCUCAGAAGCUCACCGCUGUUUAGCAAAAGCCUGCAGCCAUUUGAUCGUGCUAACCAACUGCUACCCUACCACAAGGCAAAAUAAAGUCUAAAUGACAUGGAAAACUACAGAAAAGCACGCACUGUGGAGCAACCGUGCCCGUGUCCGUUUCCUAACCUUCCCAGCGACACACCAGAAAUUAGGGUAAAAGAUGGCAGCAAAAUCCGCAACCUGAUGAGGUUUGCCUUGAGCCGUAUGGAGGGUAAGACAGCCUCAGCAGAACAGGUAGGCACCCAAGAAGGUUCAGAGGUGACGACCGGGUCGGAGGAGAAGCUGUGCCGGCAGAUCGUGUUCACGGGUACGGGCCCCAGCGUGGCUAAAGCCAUCACGUGCGUGGAGAUCAUGAAACGUCGCGUGCACGGCCUACAUCAGAUUACCACGCUGCUCUAUCGAACCAUCCAAGAGGUCUGGGAACCUUUGGUGUCUGAUGCAGGGCUGGACAGUCUCACGGUCAGUAGGAAUGUGCCUAGUAUAUGGGUACUGCUCUCCAGAGACUCACUUGACAGCAACCAACCAGGUUACCAAGCACCAGGUUCCUUCGAUGCCCUGUGGGCACAGGCUCUCAAAGAGGAAGCAGGCACUCAGAGACAUGGCCAACGGAAAAGAAAGGGAGGAACGGGGACUGGUAGAGGAAAGGGUAUGCGCAAGCUCCAGGGGCGAACGGGAGAGACACGUAAACCUCCAGGUCAUUCAGGAGGUGGGCGUGAAUGAAUGUUGCAUACUUCAUACUGACUCAAACGUGUGCUCAUGUCCUGUUAUGCAGUUAUAUGCAUAUAUGUUUUUCAUAAAGGAUGGUGUUUUCUCCUUUUGUUUGGAAAAACUAGUAAGCUGAUUAUAGAAAAAUGUUGCAAGCAUGUAUUUUUGUUAAAAUAUUUUAUUGCAGGCAGAAGGAGAAAGGCUUUUAUGUUGUCCAGCAAACAUGCUUUAAACAAAGCAUUUUUGGGUUAUUCCAUAGGUUUUUCUUUUUGAUUUAUGAUACCAAGUUAGACACCAGAGUUUUUUUCAACGACCGUACCCCUUAUCUGAAGGUGUGGCCAAAGUGACACAUUAUCGUACAUGUAAGAGUUAACAAACCACAUAUCUUCUUUUAUAUUGUGCAUACUUGUUUAGUAGAUUAAGAAAAUGUGUGCAAAAACUGGGUUGUUUUGAACCAAUUGAAGGGACAAACCCAACCAUAGGGUUAGUGUAAAAUUUUAGUAUAUCUGUAAUGAAAGUAAGUAAUUGAUCUUGAUUUGUCACUGAUCCCACCUUCAUUUUAUGCAAAGGAUAAGGAAAGUUCAUCUAUUUUGAAUGUCAAAUGUUUGUGCAAAAUAUAAACAUUAUUUUGAUUAAAAGGGGGAGGGCUGUGUAUUUUCCUUAUUUUAAUGGCACGACUCAAAGCUUGAGUCAUGUGCAUUAAGAGCUGUUUAUCAUUAAUAGUUCAUUUGAAAUUAAUUUAUACUGUUUGGUUAUAAUUUGGGCCAUUCCAGCAUUGGUGAAAUGUUUAUAGUCAAAGCUAGACUUGAAUUUCAGGAUGUUUCAAUAUUUAUGAAAGAAAUUAAAUUACAAACACGUUGAAAAAAGAACAUAAUGGAUUAAUAUGGCCAAAAAUUGGACAGUUCUAGUGACUUAUUUUGAGUAAAUAAAGUGUGGCUUCCUGUACAGUGCUGUUGAAUGUACGUCACAGUAACAUUUGUUUGCGUGUUCUUUGGGAAUUGAACAUGGGAGGACACUAUGAAACUUGUUGAUUCUAACAUACUGAUUUCUCCUGGAUGUUAUGCAAAUUCACAUGGAGAGAGGAAAAAGACAUUUUGAAUGUCAAAUAUCCUGAAUGAUCAGAGAAUACAUUGCUAAAUUUCUCCAGAUAGAGGAAGAGCUUUGACCAAGAUUAAGUAGAUACACAGCAGUUUCACCAAUCACAUAAGGAGCUGUUUCAGAAAAAUUGGCAGUCAUGUUGGCUGUUCUGUUGACCAUUUUCAUGUUUAGCCAAGGGCUUUCAAUGGACAAUUGUGGGACAAAUUUCAUCACAGCAUUCCCAGAGAACAUCGCAUAUUAUUUUCAAAACAACCAUAACUAUCUCAAAAUCACUACCCUCUACCCGGACACUGACGUCAGCAUCAUCUAUAUGGGUAAUGGCUUCAACAAUACUACAAGCAUCAGCACUGCUGGGGUCACUUGGACCUUCAACUUUCCUAAAGAAGUUGAAGAAUACCAGCUUAUAUCAUCCAAUAAAUCCAUUAUAAUCCGCAGUAAUAACAACAUCACAGUGCUUUCCAUGACAGGAUGGCAAGGAAGGCUUCAAUCUCAUGUCGUCCAGCCUGAACAAAACCUCAGGACAGUGUAUACUAUCCCAAAUCUGAAUUACGCUAGCAUAAUGGCAAAAUUCGGCCUUUCAGUCUCCUCGGAGGUAAGGUACAAUUCGUUUAGGCUGCUCAUCAUCAACGCAGUGAACGCAACUAAUACAGUCAGCAUUAAAAAGCUAGGAACGGGAGAUCGGGUUACGCAAACGCUUAAUCCGUACUUCCUUUAUCAGCUGCAGAUUAACAAUACGGUUAUAGAAGUGAGUGGGACAGACAAAAUAGCCGUGAUAUUGACACAUCCUUGCUUUGAGUCCAAAAACUGUUCCUGCAACAUGGUGAUGAACCAACUUCGCCCCGUAAUGCAGAACGGAGCGGUUGAACGUUUUCCCAUAACCAUGAGCUCUACUGAAGUCAAGCAGCUCUUCCUGACAACAAGCCAAAGUGUAGAAGUUGCUGUAGGUGAUCUACAGGCUGGCAGUGGCACUCAGGUGCCAUCUUCCACAGACAUCCUGCACUUACUGAAUGGUGUCAAUAAUGCACCCCAAUUAAUUACAACAUCCAUUCCGAUUUCCCUCAGAUUAAUCAGCCCAGGAAUCAUUUUAGACCUCAUUCCAGUAAGCAUGUUUUCUGGCUGCUUCUUGGUACAUUUUUAUUCCCCAAACACUGGUGCCGUCAUCGUCGCAGAGACAUCCAGCACUGCUUCUGUGAAGAUGAAUGCUGCACCUUUGCCUUCAGCACCUACAUGGAAUGUAAUAAGU